CGCGCAAUCAUGUCGGCGGCCUUGCUGCGGAGGGGCUUGGAGUUGCUGGGACCGGCCGAGGCCCUCCAGGCCGCGCCUGGCCGGGGCAAACCAAGCAGGACAUCGGUGAAGCGGUCCCGGAAGGCAAAGACGCCCCAGCCCCGGAAGCUGCGGAACUCGGCCAAGGGAAAGGUGCCCAAGUCGGCGCUGGUUGAGUUCCAGAAGCGUGAAGGUCAAGACCACCUGAGAGCAAACUUGAAGUUCCUGACCUGUGGGAGAAGCCCUGUGGCUGAAGCUGUCUGCCAGCAGAUUCUGCUGCAGAACCAGGGCCGCAAGGCCUGCGACCGGCCUGUGACCAAGAUGAAGAAGAAGAAGGCCGAGGGCACCGUGUUCACGGAGGAAGACUUCCAGAAGUUCCAGCAGGAGUACUUUGGCAAUUAGAACCUGCCGUGCGCUGCGCAGCCAGCAGGUGGCGCUGCCGCGCCAGUCUGGCUGGGGAAGGCCCGGAGCUGGAGUCGUGGAGGCUGGAACGGAGCUCGUGAGCGGGAAGCCCAGGCCAGGAUUUUACCGGCAGCCCGGAGCUGCUAGAAGGAACAUUGGUUUUGUUUAGUUUUUCUCAGGGAGAGCUCCUGGGCUGUGUACUGUGGAACCAGCCCAGUUCCUAGGUUCCGGUGGGGGAGAGGCGGGCACUGGGUGGAGUCUUGGUUCUAAUAAAUACUACCCCAAGAGCUGUA